GACAGGAACCCGCGGCCCCGCCCCGCCGCGGCCGUUCCUCGGGGCGGCUCCGGCGGGGGCGGCGCGGGUUGGGCGGCGGGGCUGUCGCUCAGCGCCGAGCACUUGAGCGGCGCCGGAGAGCCCGGAACCUGCGGGGCGCGUGGCGGCGGCUGUGGCCGGGACCGGGCCGGACAGGACCGCACCGACUGUAAGGACAUUCUGCUUGACUGAAGGAAGUUGUUCAAUUUGUGGAGUGACAUAUGAUGUCAAGAACUGUAUCAUCCUGGAUCUUACGCUCAGCAAGAAACAGCAUUGUUUUACAACGAAAAGGACGUUUGUACUCCAUAUGCAUCCCAAAUAGACAGAAAAUAAAAUGGAAGCUUGUUUUCUCCAAAACACUUCUCUACCCUGCUGCAAGCUGCAGCUUAGGCAAUAUCUUCUCCUUAAAAAAAGCAUUCAGACACACCUCCACCGAAGAAGAACAAUUCUCUUUCCAGUUGUCUCUAUCACAAAUCAAUGAUAUUCUCAGAGCAGGUGAGUUAUCCCAUAAAAUAUUGGAUUUGAAUUGUAAAAAUACAAAUUCUGUGUUGAGAUUUGAAAGUAACCAGCUGGCAUCCAAUACCCCUAUUGAAGACCGCAGAAGUGCAGCCACUUGCUUGCAGACCAGAGGCAUGAUGUUUGGUGUCUUUGAUGGUCAUGCAGGUUCUGCGUGCGCUCAGGCAGUAAGUGAGAGACUCCUUCAUUAUAUAGCAGUUUCUCUCAUGUCUCGGCAAGCACUGGAAGAGAUCGAGCUUGCUGUGGAGUGCAUGAAACCAGUUAUGCCUAUUCUGCAGUUGCACAAGCAUCCAAAUGAUGUGGAGUACCGAGAGAUAACUUCACAGUACUUUGAGAAUCUCCGGGUUUACUGGCAACACUUACUGGACCUAGACAUUGAGCCAGGAUUUAGUUUAGAAGAAGCCAUGAUAAGUGCAUUCAAAAGGUUAGACUCGGACAUAUCACUGGAAGUUCAGGCUCCCCAGGAAAAUGAGUUGAUGAGAAAUAUUGCCCUUCAAGUAGCUUUUUCUGGUGCAACAGCAUGUGUAGCUCAUGUUGAUGGUGUUCACUUACAUGUUGCAAACGCUGGUGAUUGCAGAGCAAUUUUAGGGGUUCGUGAAGAAGAUGGAACGUGGUCUACUCUUCCUCUAACGCGAGACCACAAUGCCUUUGAUGAAUUUGAAAUUAGAAGACUAAAGAGAGAACAUCCUAGAUCUGAGGAAAAAACUCUACUUGUGAAUGACAGACUACUGGGGAUUCUCAUGCCCUCCAGAGCUUUUGGAGAUGUGCAAUUAAAAUGGAGUAAAGAACUGCAACACAGUGUUCUUGAGAAUAGCUGUGAUGCUGAGGCUUUAAAUAUUUAUCAGUAUGUUCCUCCAAACUACCAUACACCCCCUUACCUAACUGCGGAGCCUGAAGUCACAUACCACAAAUUAAGAGGCAAGGAUAAGUUUCUCGUUAUUGCUUCAGAUGGAUUAUGGGAGAUGCUCAGUAAUGAACAAGUUGUAAAACUAGUUGCUGGACACCUUACAGAGCUUAAUGAGCAGAAACCACAACUGGCUUUUGAGAAACCAGUUAAUUUGGGUUAUAUGCACAACUUGUUACUUCAGAGGAAAAACCGAGGCAUUGCCUCACUUGACCAGAACAUAGCUACUCAUUUAAUAAGGCAUGCAAUUGGAGAUAAUGAAUAUGGCGAGGUGGACCAAGAGAAACUUGCUGCAAUGUUGACACUGCCUGAAGACCUUGCAAGAAUGUACAGAGACGAUAUCACAGUUACUGUGGUGUAUUUUAAUUCAGAAACAAUUGAAAAUUAUUACAGAAACAAUGAAUAGAUACUUGCACUGCUGCUGUUCUAUACUGCUAGUUGACUUUGAUACUGAAACCAUCACUGUCUGUCUUUUAUAGCCAAGCUGUUAUCAGUGUUAUGGUCUGGAAGUUCCUAAACCUUUUUUGUUACUGACUAGUCUUGAAAAUAACCUCUCUAGAAGUGAAUUUAGUGAAAGUUCCCUGGCUUUCCCAGUGUAUACGCACUGAAGAAAAAUGUUUUGAUGAAAGUUCACUGCAAUGCAACUGAACUAAAGAUUGCUGACAAAGUUCUGAUUCCGUGGGAACCACUGGUAAAACUUUCCCAAUGAACAAAUGAGACACGUUUCAAUGAGACUGGUAAAAUUUCAUAGGGAGGUGGAUAAUACCUGUAGCUGCAUAGAGUGUAGGAAAGCUCUGCUGUUGUGGAAAAUGAGUAGCAUCCUAUUGAAGCACUGUAAUUGAAUUAAAUAAACAAAUCUUUAUUUGA